AGGUGGACUCAGGUAGGAUGUUGUCUGGGUAAUAUAUGUAGGUCAAAAUGGAGAUAAGAAAUAGCCUGCUUCACACCGGAUUUGAUGGGCUUGGUUGGACAGGAUUCAAGAGCAGAUAAAAAGACCUGGAGAUACUGGCUGCAAGUAAGCGGCCAACUUCACCGGGAGUAAAAUGCUGAGAUCACAGAAUGCGAUUCUAAUUGGGACGUUUUGUAUUGGAUUGUUGCUCAGUAUGUUGAUUGUGGUGUACAACAUAGACAUGACAAACUACAACCACAGGAUACAAUUCUCUCAAGUGUUCAACAUAGACCUCGUAUUCCAAACUAACCGCCCUGUGGUGGCUAGCAUCAGAGAAGACAUCAAACCACACAACACUAUGAUGCCAAGAAUCAACAUUGCCAUUGGACUUGGCAUAACAACAAACAAAAUUCCCAUGGAUAAAAUCAACAGUGCUUUGCCUUUAUUUACAACACUUCUCCCUAGUUUCUGUGAGACUGCCAGCUUAGGAUACAGGUACCAUUUCUAUCUUGCCCACGAUCAUACGGAUGCUUUCUUCAGUAAGGAAGGGUCUCACAAGAACUUCACUGUAUCAUUUUACACACUAGUCAAGACCCACUGUCAUCCAUCUCUACCUGUGCUCCUACACUUUGUAAACUGUGGACAUUCUGGGAAACCAGCAUGGGCACAGAACGACGCCAUGAUGGCAGCUUACAAUGACUCCAUGGAUUACUACUACAGGGUGAAUGAUGACACUAAAAUGAAAUCCAAAAAUUGGACCGAGGUAUUUAUCAGAGCGCUAUCCCAAUUUAACCCUCCCAAUGUAGGGGUUGUUGGACCGAAUCAUCAGGGGGGAAAUAUGGCUAUCCUGACAUAUGACUUCGUCCAUAAGACCCACGUGGACAUCUUUGGCUUUUAUUAUCCGAGGAAUUUUACAACCUGGUAUGCUGACGACUGGAUCACCAAAGUUUAUCAGCCUGACAAAUCACGCAAAAUGAAUGAGAUAAUUGUGCUUCAUACCAUGUCUGUUGGUACGAGGUAUAACAUUGCUUCUAUAGGAGGACAGAUACUUGAAAAGCAGUUAGAAAGAGAUAAGAAAACACUGCAGGCUUGGCUGACAAAACACAGUUCUACAAGGGCAAGGUGACCAAGGUUACUAAGCCUACCAAUUGGUGCUUUGGGAUAUAUUUUUGUAGCAUAUUAAUCAAAUUAAGCCAAUUCAAGACCAUGGUCUUCUAAAACAUUCCAAACUGAAACUACAUUCCUUUUAUUCUUAAUUAUAAUCUUGUGUUAUUUAUACUUAUGAAAUUAAUGAAAUUAAGGUAAUGGCACUUUACUGAUUUCAUUUAGGGCAUGCACCUUGGUUAUAAGUUGUUAGUUGCCAAAAAGCUAUAUACUGUCAUGAUCGAGUCAGAAGUAUUAAGAGUAUGGUAAUUACUCAAUCUUUUCAAUGGGCAAAAAUAAUCAAACUUUCAAAUACAUAAUUUCAUAAUUACAAAAAUUAUAUUUCUAUAUAUCACUUUUGGUUUGUGGUUUUUACUGCAUGGUAUAGAAGUAUAGAGUAGCCUGCCUUUUAAUUUUGUUGCUACCACUCAAUAGGAAUGUUCUAUUUAUGAGAAAUUAUGAUCUGAAAGAUGCAGUAUCUAUAAAAUUUACAAUUUUCUCACAUUGAAAAGGUAGAAUAAUUGCGUACUGAUUGUCAAGUGUCAAUUAUACUGCUUUAUCUCAUUUGUGAGCUGAAGAACUUGUGCCAUGUAGACUGCAUUAUAUGCAAUGCCUGAAAAGAGACCAAUAAAGUGACAAGCAUUUCCUUGGCAACCUAUAUUUGGUUUGACAAUUUCCUCCAGAUUUGAAAAAAGAAGGCUUUAGCAAGUAAAACCUCAGGGGGGAAACCAGUGAAACUGGGCUUGUAAUCUGUCAUAUGCAUGUUUUGCCUAACCAGCAGUUGUAAACAACUUUUUUCAAUGCAUUAUUCCUUGUAGAAUUUAUACUUUGUGGUUAAUAUCACUACUUAUUAUUAUAUUGAAAUAAGAAAGCAUUAAUUUUUUUAUUUUAGAUCUAAGGUGACCCAAGUAACAAAUACAUAGUAAAUAAAGUAUUAAUAGUAACAGUG